AUGGUGAAGGUGACGCUGCGCUGCGGUGUGUACACUGAAGGGAGUGUAUUCUCCAUUGACAUCGAGCUCGACGCGGAUGUGGAGGCGCUACAGAAGAAGAUCGCUGGCAUCUUGAGCACUGAGAAGAAUCCUAUCCCUCCAAGGUUGCUGACGCUGUACUUGGCGCGGAAGAAGGGGGAGGGGAAACCCGAGUGGAUGAAGCACGACCACAAUACGGAAAGCUUUUUGCUAGGAGACGUCGACAGUAGUUAUGACAAGAUGCUUUCUUCGUCUUUUCUCGAUGAAGACUACUUUGGAUCGAACUUUCAGCCUGGACGCAAAGAAAUUCACGUGCUGGUGAAGCUCCGAGAUUCGAAGCUGCCUGCGCUUCCUGGAGAUCGUCAAUUUGUCGUGGGCGAUGUAUCUAUCCCGGUCACGAAACAUGCUGUGUUGAAUCCGGCACCGUUGGUGGCGUUUUGGAAAGCACUUGUGAGCGAUCGUACUGAGGUGAAAGCUGGAGCUUUGAUCAAGUUACCCGAAGGCACGUAUCUUCUUGGUGAUGAGUUACUUGGCUCUCGUAUCUACAUUCGGUCUUGCUACCCUAAGCUAUGGAAGCUAUGUCAGCAGAGGAUCCAUGACGAAGUGGAGAAAACACCGCACCUUGUGAUCCUCGGCAACCCAGGAAUUGGCAAAACGUUUUUUGGCUUCGUGAUCUUGCUUCUACUUGCGCAUGCUGGUGCGACGGUGGUGUAUGAGAAUGGUAUUCUCAAGAGGCGUUUUUUGUUUUCUCGCGAUGUGGUGGCUCAAGGAUCACAGGAGGACUUUGCUCCCAUUCUCGACCGGUCGACAACAUAUUACAUCGUGGAUGCCGUCAAGCCUACAUAUUUCAAAGCGAAGACUAUUCUUGUGACACCACCGCGACGCUCAAUCUGGUAUGAGUUCAACAAGACGAAUUGCCAGUCCUGUUACAUGCCGGUGUGGUCCAUCGAGGAGAUUCUGCAAUGUCGUGAGCUGAUGUACGCGGAUACACCAGUGGCAGUCGUGCAGGAUUGCUUUCGUCGAUGGGGUGGCACUGCUCGUUACGUCUUGCGAUAUGCUCAAGUUGAUAACCAGCAGGCGUUGCUUGGAACAGCGAUUGACAGCGCUGAUCUCGACUUAUUGGUGAACGCUUGUGGCCAAGUGGAAGCAAAAGAUGCUGAAGUAUCGCAUCGAUUGCUGCAUUAUCGUGUCAACAAAAAAUUUGACAAUGAGUACUUCGUCUUCGCAUCGCAAUACGUUCAGCAAACGGUCUACAGACGUCUGUACCAAAAAGACAAGCGGAAACUGCUCGAGUUCAUUGCUGCCUCGGAUGGUGUCGGUGCACUUGCUGUGCUUCGUGGCCACUUGUUGCUACCGCGGGGUGGAGUGUUUCCAGUCCGGCGUCUGGUCGACAACGACGAGGGUGACGAUGAUGGCGAUGAUCUCGUGGAAGAUGAAUGGGACGGCGAAGACGAGGAUGUUGACAAUGACGAGGAUGUUGACAAUGACGAGGAUGUUGACAAUGACGAGGAUGUUGACAUGAAUGCAGAUGGUUCGGUCAUUUCCUUGAACGAAUCCAAGCAAGUUGUUGUCUUCACUCAAGACACUGAAGUGGUCGCUGCUGCUAACACGAGUAACCUGCAGCCAGCAGCGAAGAACUACCAGUCGGUCGAUGCAAUUAUUAAGCCUGAUAUCCUGUUCCAAGUGACUGUGCCGCGGCUGUACUUCGUGCUCCCACCAGACAGAUUCGCCACAUUUAAAUACCAAAGGUAUCUGAACGCAACGCGCAAGAGGAUGACGGUGCCAAGCUACGUGAACGUGCGCAAGAUUCAGCAGUUUGCCCUGGAAGUCCCGCUUGCAUUGGAGUCAACCCAGAACCGGGUCAGCUGCCAGACGGCAGCUCGUCAGCAGCUGACGCUCGCAAACGCCGAUCGAGUUGAGGAUCGUUGA